AUGGUAGUCUGCCCGCUCCUGGGCAGCUCCGGUCUCGGUCUCGAACCCAUCUGCUACUCGCGCAAUGUCGAGAUCAACAAGACCAUCAUCUUUCAACCCGCCACGUGCUUCAUCCACAUCGCAGCUCUCGUCAUGACCGCCAUCAUGGUCUACCACAUUCGCUCCAAGUACACCGCCGUAGGUCGCAAGGAGAUCGUGCUCUUCUUCUACCUCUACGCGCUUUCGGAGAUCCUGGUCAUCUUUUUGGAUUCGGCCAUCGUUCCGACGUAUUCGGCGGCGUACCUGUACUUGACAGGCGUGUACGUCGGAUUGAAGACGGCCAUCUUUUGGUGUCUGUUGAUCAACGGCUUUGUUGGAUUCCAGUUUGCGGAGGAUGGAACGCCAAAGAGUCUCUGGUUCUUGAGGUUGAGUUCGGUGGUGUUGUUCGCGGUCGGGAUUUUCGUCAGUCUCGCUACGUUUAAGGGUUUCGCGGGAAUGUCGCCGACCAAGCAGACCGGGCUGUGGAUCGUCGAGUUGAUCUUCCCCCUGGCCUGCGUCAUCAUCUAUACAGUUUCCCAGGUGCUUCUGGUCCUCAGGACGUUGGACGACAGAUGGCCGCUGGGUGACAUCACUUUCGGCCUCUUCUUCUUCGCCGCGGGACUCAUCCUGAUGUACGGUUUCGGAGAGGAAGUCUGCCGUGCCGUGAAGCACUACAUCGACGGAACGUUCUUCGGUACGCUGUGCAUGUUGCUGGCGGUCAUGAUGGUGUACAAGUACUGGGAUAGCAUUACCAAGGAGGAUCUCGAGUUCAGUGUAGGAAGCAAGCAGAGCGUGUGGGAGGUCAAGGAUCCGUUGAUUGGCGGAGGCGGCAGCUCGGAGGGUGGAGAGGGCGAGUGGGGGAGGGGCAGCAGCCCGAGCAGGUUUGGUAUGCACCAGGGGGGUGCGCCGCAGGUGGGCAAGAGCGGCAUGGGGUAUCCGCCCGUUGGGAACUACUCGCACUGA